CAAGCAUCCUUAUAAACCAAGCAAAGCAGCCUGUUAGUCCCAUAUCCACUCCACUGCCACCCAAACCAUCAUCAUGCCUCUCAGUGCCAACCUACUGCUGGCGGCAGCUGCCCUGUGCUGCUUCGCCACCGUGUUUGCUUUUCCUACGGAGGGAAUAACCGAAGAUGACCAGUGCCGCUGUUUAGUCACCACAGACACCGUCAUGAACCCUCGAAACUUUCAAAGAAUUGAGAUCAUACCUUUCGGGUCCAGCUGCCGCACCACUGAAAUUAUUAUCACCCUGAAGAACACCAACAAAGUAGUGUGUUUGGAUCCUGAGGCAGUGUGGGUCCAACAAUUCAUCAACAGAGUCGUGAAAAAAAAAAGUAUCAAUUGAGAAUCGCCUGUCUGAAGAUGACAAACCGAGCAAACUUUCUCUUCUGUCAAAGUGAAAACAAGCUGUCUCAGUGUAUGCCAAUAUUUUGUUUUUUCUUUUUAAAUGCAACUACCGUGUUGAAAAUGGUUUUGGUUUGAUAUACUGAAUAAAGACUACCAUCCAAAAAUUUA